CCACCACCACAAUGAGGGCUGGAUAUUUAAAAAAGAGAAAGUGUUUGGGCUGCAUCUUGCAAGAGAGGAGUAUUGAAUGAAACCUGGCCAGCAGCUGUGACCCAAUAAAGCGAUUUCAUACUUUUGAGUUAAUUAGUAAUCUGCUAACUAGGGUCAAAAGUAGCAAGAGGCUAUUCACCAUUUCCCGCGUCAGUGCUUCAACAUAAAAGUACUCCUUCCUCUUCUCCCAGGCUUUCUGCCUGGGAACAAACGAAACGCCCGAUUGCAGGAACACGAAAGCGAAACUGAGCUUGCCUAUUCUCCUCCAGCUCUCGGAAAACAGCUGCUGCGGCUUCUUGGGCGAUCAUGGCUACCGCAGAUCCAGCAAAACACCUUCAGGACGAAGUCACUUGUUCCAUUUGUCUGGAUUACUUCAAGGAUCCAGUUAUGAUCACGGAGUGCCAGCACGACUUUUGCCGAGCCUGCAUCACAAAGUAUUGGAAAAGAUCAGGAGCUUCCAUUUGCUGCCCGGAUUGCAGAAGAGCAGCUUCCUGGCAAAGCCUGAAACCCAACCGGCGCCUGGCGAACAUGGUGGAAGCGGCUAAGCAGCUCCGUCUGCAGCUGGAGCAAAGUCCAGGAAGGGAGAAAAUGUGCAGGGAGCACAAGAAGCCUCUGAGUCUGUUCUGCACAACAGAAAAUACCCUUAUUUGCAUGUUCUGCGAGAGAUCCAAGGCUCACAGAAACCACCGUGUUAUUUCCCCAGAAAGAGCUGCUGCAGAUUACAAGGGUAUACUACUUGGACAUCUAAAGGAACUGAAAAAAGAAAGAAACAAGAUUCUGUCGGUUAAAUCAAAUGGUGAGAAGCCGUGCCAGGACCUAUUGGUAAGAACUGGCAUAACUCAGGGGUCAGCAAACUUUUUCAGCAGGGGGCCGGUUCACUGUCCCUCAGACCUUGUGGGGGGCUCGGCUGUUAACUGA